ACAUUUUUACAUUAUAUCUUAUACGCAUAUAUACAUAAAUACAUUCAAGUAUAUAUUAAUACUUCUUUAUACAAGAAAACAAAAUACAAAUAUAUUCGAAUAUACACAUAUACACACACGAAUACAGUGAGUUGGAUCGUAUUUUUUCUCGAAAGAAGUACUAUAAAAAAUUUGUAAUAUGGGACGUUGGAUCAAGCCAGAUGUUUAUCCACUAAUCGCAGCAAUGUCAUUUGUUACUGGUAUGUGCGUAUUUCAGCUGACAAGAAAUGUUCUUCUAAAUCCUGAUGUCAGAAUCAAUAAAGCAAAUAGAGCAACAGCAGUGCUAGAGAACCAUGAGGAAGGAGAAAGAUAUGCCGAGCAUGGUUUUCGCAAGUUCUUAAGGACUCGUCCUCCUCAAGUUAUGCCAACAAUCAACAAGUUCUUCUCAAACAAUGAAAAAGAUUAAAUAAAUCAUAAAUUAAGUAAUUAAGAUCAAUGGUUAAAAUAAAAUAAACAUCAUAUAUAUAUAUAUAUAUAUAUAUGUUUUCUUGAGCUUUGGGACAUCAGAUUUUUGUUUGUAAACAUUGAACUUGUAGGUAAUCAAUUCGAUACUGUGAAUUUUGUAUAAUUUAAUAUAUAUAAUAAUAUGAUUUAUUUGUUUUUCCUAUUUAAUACGUCUC